UUACUUGCUUACCCGUGAAGUGCAUGACUGCCUGCUGUUGCUGCUGCUGCUAUGACGUCAUGCCUUCUGGUUUGUCAGCGACGAGACAUUUGGUCCAUCCUAUUUUCUUACAUUCUUUGAUAUUCAACUGUACAUACGGAGCCCUCAACCCAAUCACUUAGAUUGCCUUGACUGAAGGCGGGUACCUACGCAAGGUAGCUACGGAUAUCUUCCCUCGCGUGCUUGCCUAAGGGUGAAGUGCCUACUCAUGGAAGGCAAAGUAGGCGAGAAUACAUCUAAUCACAGCUUAUUCACUCCGGCGAUUCUAUAGCAGACAAUUUCAACCACCUUGCGUCGCGUCCUCUUUCCCCCGUCUACCCGUGCGUCUAUGGGUUUCCCAACCUGAUACAAACAUUCACUCCAACCAGUGCCAUAAUGGCGGGCCGGAAACGAACCAGAGCCACCCGGCCCAGGGCCGCAAAGUCCGACGUACCGGAUGUCUAUCAAGAAAUGCUGUUGGAAGCUGCUGCGGAUGCCGGUUCUUCAGCAUUCUCAGAGCCCCCAGCUAAAAGACUGAAGCGACCUGGGGAGGGGAAAGCAGAGGCUUCAUCUGUCAAGUCACAGGUGAUGGAACCAGAAGGAUCCGAAGACGACGACGAAGACGCGGACAUUGAGUUUGAAGACGUGGUUUUGCCCCCGGCGACCGUCCAGACCAUGUACAGGGAUUCCGAUGAUGAAGAAGAUGACCUUGAUGAUGACAUCGAAGAAGAAGAAGUCGGAAAUGGGGAACCUAUCAAUUUCGAAGACGUUGAUUUUGGAGCCUUGCAACAUGGCUCAGGGAUUCAAGAAGAACCGCAAAAACUGACUCUCAAUCUCUCAAAGCAUGCCAACAUGACGACCAGCACAAGAAAAGGAGUCAACAAACGAAAGCCAGUAACAAAGGAAGAAAAGCAGUCGCGCAUAUCAAUACACAGGACUCAUCUGCUGUGUCUUCUGCUACACAGUGCUCUCAGGAAUCGUUGGUGCGAUGAUGAACAGGUUCACAAAACCCUGCGUCCUCUGCUCUCGAAGAAAACAGCUGGCUACUUGACACCGAGCUCCAGUCUUCCCCAAUUUGGACAGACCGAGUCUCUAAAGAACGGCCUUGAGCAAGCUGGUGCUGUAUUCAGGUCCAAAUUCCAAAUAAACGAACGGGGCCUGCGUCGAUCACUAUGGGCAGAAGAUCCUGACCAUCUCAACGACUACCAACCACCUAGCAACAUGGAUUCGUGUUUAGACCGUUCGGACUUCAGAAAUGCAGCAAGGAAGCUGGCAGGGUCCAGAGACACCGGCGCCCAGUUGUACUGUGCUUUGCUGAGGUCCGUAGGAGUUCGCGCACGGUUGGUCUGCUCACUGCAGCCACUGUCUUUUGGGUCAGCCGGUCCAACUCUUCCAAAACCCAGAGACGCAAUGCAUCCGAAGAAGCCUACCAAGGAGGAGAAAAUAAGGUCUCAAUUACUACAAUACCAGCCGGGUGCCGAAGAAUCUUCGUCUUCCGCCUCUGCCCUGACUUCACCACUCCGUCGAUUAGGCCACCCGAACGCUGCAGCCUAUCAGUUACCAACGACGUCAACUUCACCGACUCAAAGGCGACAGGUAGAGGCUCCCGUGAAGAUUCGCGAAUCGAGCUUUCCGGUGUACUGGGUGGAAGUGCUAGACGUAGGCCACCAGAAAUGGCAGCCCGUAGACCCUUUGGUGACGAACUCCAUGUGGAAACCCAAGCAACUGGAACCCCCGGCAACCGACAAGGAGAACUCUCUCACAUAUGUCAUUGCUUUCGAUACUGAUGGCACAGUCCGAGACGUCACUAGACGAUAUGCCAAGGCAUACACGGCCAAGACACGUCGUCUGCGCAUUGAGACAGUCGUUGAACGUGGUGACGGAUGGUGGCGCAAGGCAUUGAAGCCAUUCAGCCGGCGUCGGCUGACCGAUCUUGACCAAAUCGAAGACAACGAGCUGAAUGCGAUUGAAGCGCGCGAACCGAUGCCGCGAAAUGUGGCAGACUUUAAAGACCAUCCGGUGUUUGCGUUGGAGAGGCACCUGAGGCGCAACGAAGUCCUAACGCCAGACGCGCAGCCGGCAGGAACGGUAGCAGCAGGUAGCAGAGCUCCGUUGGAAAAAGUAUAUCGACGUAAGGACGUCCGAAUUGCCCGAAGCAGGGACAAGUGGUAUCGCAUGGGUCGCGAAGUCAAGCCUAUGGAGGUUCCGGUCAAGUUUCUACCGCGAAGGUCCAACGCGAAACCAGGCGAGUACGCCGACGAUGGCUAUGGUGGAGACGAACGCAAUGCCGCAGGAACACCAGUUUUCACGCAGGAUCAGACAGAUAUUUACCGCGCACCGCCGGUCGUCAACGGGCGAAUUCCAAAGAACAAGUUUGGCAACAUCGACAUUUAUGUGGAAAGUAUGGUACCCGAGGGAGGAGUCCAUAUCCUCGAUGAGUUCGACACAGCUGCCAGAGCUGCCUACGUGCUGGGAAUCGACUACGCGCCAGCUUUGUCAGGAUUUCAAUUUAAAGGCAAACACGGAACUGCGGUGUUCAACGGCGUCUUGGUCGCAAAGGAGUACGAGGAAGCCGUACGCGCGGCGAUGACUGGGUUCAAGGAUGUAGACGCGCAGGAAGAGCAAAGCAAGCGAUCUCUGGUCGCCAUCCGCACUUGGAGGCGGUUUCUUGUGGCACUCCGGAUCUUUGAGCGCGUGUGGGCAGGCGCCGAACCCGAGGAGCGGGCCGAGGAAGAAAGGAAGUUGACUGAAUCCGUCCUGGCCGAUGUGGAUAAGGGUUCAGAGGGGUACAACAUAGAGGAGGGCGGAGGUUUCCUUGUCGAAGAUGGCGUCAUGAUGGGCGAUCCUGCGCAGACAUCGACCAGUACAGGACUCGUGAUCAGGGCUGAAACAAGGGAGCGUACGAAUGGCUCUGAUUUCGAGAGAAACAUCGAUUCUGCUGCCCACAAUGCACAUAUAGGCAAGGGCGCCGUCGAUUCUGAGGUGAAGGCUGAUGGGGGUGGUUUCCUUGUUGAUGCCGAGGACGAGCUUAAGACCAUCGGCGCAGUUGAGCAAGCUGCUGGAGCCGAAGACGGGUCUGGGACCAAGGGAAAGGAUGAUGAUCUCAGGACAGAAGAGGGCAACGAAGUCGAGGAUAUGCUGAGCGACGUGACGGAGGAAUAUGAUAUGGAGGAAGAUGAGGGUGGCGGAGGAUUCCUGGUGGAUUAGGGAUAGGAUGGAUGACCCGGGCGACUGAGAUACCCUAAGAAUAAAGCCGAACUUGAAAUCCGA